GAAAGAGGGGGUAGGUGGCUGUGAGAACUUCCUCUGAUUGCUGUUCCUGGCUGUUCAUAGGAUCUCCUGCCACAAGGGGGUAUCCAGCACACACAGAAGCAUUAAGCACUCUUAAGCCUAACUGCAUCUCUGAAAGGGAGGUGUAUACAGAGCAGAGAUACAGAGAAAAAAAAAUAGAAUUCUAUGGCUUUGUAGCUCUGAUACAACCUGCUGAGGGUUCUCCAGUCCUGCCACAGCUGCAUCUGAUCCCUCUGCAUCCUCAUUACUCAGAGAAACAAGACUGCCAUAGUCACCUCUGAACCCCAGGCAGUCCAUUAUUUUACAUAGGAGAAGAUAAGUGGGCUUGGGUCUUGGGAAGACUGCAAAACAUCAGAAUGGAUGUGUUCAUGAAAGGCUUGUCCAAAGCAAAGGAAGGGGUGGUGGCUGCAGCUGAAAAAACCAAGCAAGGGGUAGCAGAAGCUGCAGAGAAAACUAAGGAAGGCGUAUUAUAUAUGGGAAGUAAAACUAGAGAUGGAGUAGUGCAAGGAGUGACUUCAGUGGCUGAAAAGACCAAAGAGCAGGCAUCCCAUCUUGGUGGGGCUGUCAUGUCUGGGGCUGGAAACAUUGCUGCUGCCACGGGUCUGGUGAAGAAAGAUGAAUUCCCCACAGAUCUAAAGCCUGAAGAAGAUGCUCAGGAGGCUUUGGAAGAACCUGCAGCUGAACCUCUGCUGGAGCCAGAAGGAGAAAACUACGAAGAAGCUCCCCAGACUGAUUUCUAAACACAUUUCUGAUAGAUUAAAGACCAUUACUGAUGAUUAUCAGGAGUAUGAACCAGAAGCAUAACAUCCCUGUAUACUGGACACCUCCACCAGCAGCAUCAGCAGCACAAACAUAGCUAUAAUAAAGAUAUUAUCCUUUCGCCUCAAGCCCUAAUCGUUCCCUGAGAGGUGUGUGAAAUUACCCUCCCCCCUUUCUUCCACCCAAAAUAUGAGCUCUUCCUUUUAUUCACCUUCAGAGAAACUCAUGUCAAGUGAUUUCAUGUAUGGUAACCUUUAGCGUUGAGUCAUAGUCUGAACAAAAAAAAGAUAUUUAAGACAAAAACUAAAAAAAAAAAAUCCCCUUUGUAACGUAUGACCCAUAUGAAUGCAUUGUUUUUGUCUUCGCAGUCCUGUUGCCCCCAGAAAUUAUUUCUGUUUCCCUCCCAGAAAAUAAUUUUUGGGGGUUUGGUGAAUUUUGUCACACAUUUCUGUUUUGUCACCUCUCCUGAUUUGGUAUAGAAGCUUGUUCUGUGGCUGUGGGGCCUGCAACCCUCUGAAACGGUGCAAGCUUAUGAUAUUCCUGAGCGUCUACCUACAUUUAAAAAAAAAAAAAAAAAAGCAUGUUUUUAUAAACAGAAGGUGGAAGAAAAACCCACCUACAAAUGAAUUUUCUACUUAACUACUUGGCUGCCAUUAUUUUGAGCAACGUAUCUCUUUGGCAGUUGUGGAGUUAAAGGAAAAAACACACAAAAAUAAAAAUUAGCUGUGGAUGACUGACCUUUGACAUAGUUAACUCAGUGUUAUAAUGUGACAGUUUUUUUCUUUUGCUGUUGUUUUUUUAUACAUGUAUACACACAUAUCUACGAAUAUAUUAAUGGUUUGACUUAUUUGUGACUGUUCUGUAAAGCCGAAAAAAAAUAUUUGUGGGAAUCCAUUCAGAAUCUUUUCAAUGUUCUUGUGUUCCAAAUAAUUUUGCAAAAGGAAUAAAAAAAAAAAGGAUUAACCAAAA